UCUGUCUGUGUGUCUGUGUGUCUCUCAGUGCCUGAAUGGGGUGGUGAAGGAAGCGAAAGCUUUGAGUUCUUCACUUCUGAAGGAGAUCCAGAGGAUGUGUCUCUCUCAGCUUCACACCUUCCUACACGGCCUUCAAGCCUUGGAGAGGAAGCGCAUGAGUGCAGGGCUUGGUGCAGGAGAGGGAGGGAUCCUCCACCUGUUCAGGACCAUCAACACCUGCAGGGAGCUCAGGCUGUUAGCGGGGCAGUUAGCAUCUGAGGCUCAGACUGAUGCUGCUGCUCCUGCCGUGAGCCUCUUGGAGGAACUGGAGGCUCAGGCCAAAGAACAGCUGCUGCACACAACAACACACAACAUAGAGGCAGCUUUGAAGACCUACUUUAAGACUGGGGGUGAUGACAUGUGUGAUGUCACGACCAGGAUUGAACCGCUGUUUGCCCCUUUACCAUUGGUCAAAGAUACACACACUCGGAAGGUCCUGGUUGACUCCGUUUACCAGAAUAUCACUUCCUUGUACCUGCGACACCUGUUGCUAAGCAACCGCAGUCAGCUGGACAAGAGAUGGAGUGAUGUUGGGCUGAGAGUGAGACGGGAUGCAGAGGAGCUACACAAGUCCUUCACACAGCAGGAAGGUAGUGUGGAGAAAAGGUGUGUGUCCUUACAGAAGAUCAGUGAGGUUCUGAAGACCAAUGAUGUGAACACACUAAAACUAGUCCUCAUCGAGAUCAUCAACGAGUGCCCUGGCAUCAGCGGUGAGGAACAGCUGAAUACCCUGCUGAGAUGGAAGGGCCAGUUGUCACGGCAACAGCAGACAGAAGUGAUGGAUGCAGUUGUGGAAUAUUGCCCCCGAUCCGCCCCCAAUGACUCACCUGCACACACUCUGGCUCCGCCUCCGGCUCCGCCUCUCCGUCCCGCCUCCAGGUGGUACCGCGCCAUGUCCUGCCUCAGGCCACCAAUCACAGACUGAGGUCCGCUCAGGCCACCAAUCACAGCCUGAGGUCUAUUCAGCCGACCAAUCACAGCCUGAGGUCUGCUCAGCCGACCAAUCACAGACUGAGGUCUAUUCAGCCGACCAAUCACAGCCUGAGGUCUGCUCAGCCGACCAAUCACAGCCUGAGGUCUAUUCAGCCGACCAAUCACAGCCUGAGGUCUGCUCAGCCGACCAAUCACAGCCUGAGGUCUGCUCAGCCGACCAAUCACAGCCUGGGGUUUGGCAAUGUUUAUGGUAGUGGGGUACUGUUUUCUUUCUGGGGUGCCAACUCAUUAUAAUUCAGUGAUGUGUAUGGGCCAUUCUACCGAAUUGGUGCAAAGUGUGGUCCCACAACAAUAAAAACUAUUUACAAAACAAUUAAGUAUUCAGACAUAGAUAUUUACUAAGAAUAUGUUAUGGUCUA